AUGAGAUUACAACCCAGCACGAACUCUGCUACUGUCAUAACUGCUAAAGGAGCACAUAAAGUACGUAUAUCACACAUAUUACCCCUCUGGAGAGGUACUCCAACACAUUAAGACUAGCACAUCUGUGAGUUAACUCCAACUUCCAACAAGUGUUUGUGUGCAAGGCCUGAGUGAGGAGGAUUUGCACUCGCAGUGGAGAUUAAAGCUGGGCAAAGAUUAAGCAAAUUACCCGCCGUGGUGUCUCCCGAAAUAAAGUGUUGCUGCGCGAGAGCCUGGGCAGCCAUCAGGAUGGAGAGCGCGGUGCGGACGCUUCACAGAGCCUGGACCGAUGACAACAUUUCACCAUGACAACCACCACCUAGCCAAUCAGCAACAAUGAACGACACGGCCCAUCGCAGGAUCCCCCCUGAUCAGUCAUCGGGGAGUCUGCACACUUUCGGCACCCCUCGCCAUCCCAAUGUCAUCAACCCCAUUCUGUCAAAGAGGGUAUGCUUCUACAAGAGCGGAGACCCUCAAUUCAGUGGCUUACGCAUGGUGGUCAACAAUCGGACCUUUAAGACAUUUGACGCGCUCCUGGACAGCCUGUCUAAAAAGGUGCCCCUGCCAUUCGGUGUGAGGAACAUCACCACCCCACGUGGGGUUCACGCCAUCAACACGCUGGACGAGCUGGAGGAUGGCAAGUCCUACAUCUGCUCCGACAGCCGGAAGGUCAAACCCGUCAACCUGGCGCUGGCCAGGAAGAAGCUGCCGCCCUGGUACCACGCCAGGCCUAUUAGCGCCCACCGUCACCGCCGGACGGCGCCGCUGGCCAGGGCUUUCCCGGGCUGGACCAUGCGCAGGCAGGAACCGGUGCUUGUGCACACGCCCAAAAGGCUGCUGGUGUUCCGCAACGGGGACCCUUCUGUCAAACAUCUGGUGGUGCUCCGAAAGAGGAGCACGGCGACGUUUGAGUGGAUUCUGGAGUACAUUUCAGAGAUGUUGCAGUUCCAUGUGGUGAAGCUGCACACACCUGACGGCAGACGUGUGGAAGGACUCCCGGGAUUGAUCCUGUGCUCGGGGAUGGUGGUGGCUGCAGGCAAGGAGCCUUUCAGGCCCGCAAACUACUACAGCCAAAAAUCACCAGCGUCAACGCGGCCGUCUGCCAGGAGACUGAAGGCUUUGAGCCGUAAAAAGAAGUCUUUGUCAUACAAGUCAAGAAACUUCUCCACAUCCUCUGAGAGGUACAUCGUGAACAAGAUCCACAACUCCCUCAUGGAGAGCUCAUGCGAAAUACCCAGCAACCCCACCAACUCCAUCGAGUACGAGUCCGGACAUGUGCUGGAGUCCGUUGCGGAGACGGAUGCUGAUGUUGAGGCGCCGGCUGAGGACGACAUCGAGAAGUCAUUUCGGGUGAACCAGGAUGGCAGCAUGACAGUGGAGAUGAAGGUGCGGCUUACAAUCAAGGAGGAAGAAACCCUCCAUUGGACGACCACCCUGACACGUUCUGGUGUGGCAAAUCAGCUUAACAUGACUUGUUUACCUGAGCUGGAGUCACAACAGGACAUCAUGGAUUUACAUAACGCUGGUUCCUCCAGUGACACCAUCAGCAAGGACAAGACUGAUGACGACCAAGACGAGGACGCGCCGUUGCUCGGGAAUGGAGUUUUCAGUCAAAGCAGUUAUGAAGAUGAUGACAUCAAAAUACAGCCGAGUUAUGGCUCUCCCAGGACUGUGCAGACCCCUGGACAUAAACAGCGAAGAAAAAAGCAAGAUUCUGUUGAGAGUGUUGGAUCAGAGACAGCAGAGAGUCACGAAGGAGUCAUUGGCUCUUACACAUUCGUGGAAGAUGAUGGCGCAAUGAUGGAGCACUACUGCAUGGUCAAGCAGAGCAGCACAAGACCAAUCCCAAAACCCAGAAGACUAAGUUCCAUGGAUGCUAACGGCCUAAACAACGUAAACAUGUCAUCCUAUAAAUCGUCUGAGAUCCUGCAGAUUGAAUCUAGUGGGGAGGAAGUGACUGAAACGGUCUUACAUAUAUACGAACAACAGACUUGUCAGGAUAACUUCCACGCAAAUGUCUGCACAAAUGGGAUGUCCUUUUCCAGACCGGCUACUUCAGAAACAGGGCAUCACUCCACAAAUAACUUUGAACCAGAGUUCUGGAGACCAUCAACGGCCUCUGGGUCUGUUAACAUCUGGAAGGCUGGGAACCAGACAGUCACUACGCUUAAACAUAGAAUAAAAGUUAGGCAACAAGUGCCAAAGUCCCACAAAGGCAAAGAAAUUCAACAUCAGCUGAAGUCCAACAAAACCAGAAGGAGCCCCCAAGUUAAAAAUAAAGGCUUUAGACGGCUUCUGUCGGCAGGUAAAAGACAGAAUUCAUCAGGAUCUGCAGUGAAGCACAAGAAAGCAAAACCCUUCUCCAGUGCAGGGUUCCUACGAAGAAUCUACGGCAAUAAAUUACAAUCACAAAAAAACAAAUCCAAGCUGAAAAGGAGAUUGACACAAAGCGAGGAGGGGACCUUGAAAGCACCAGACAACCGAACAAAACAGGCAAACUAUAUUCCCGAGUCAAAGGGCGUACUGAUUCAGCAGACGUCUGUACCUGGAGGGAAGAGGGAAGACAAACGUCAUGAAGUCAGUGAACAAAUGUCACUGCCUGCUUUUGACUCGUCCAGCUCUGUAGCUAAUGCAUACGUGGAGAGCUGGCUGAAGAAAGCCCAUACUAGCCAAGACAGAGAGGUGGCUUACAUGAAAGCUAACAGUGGACCAUUAUUGCCCGAGGAUGUGCAGGUAACUUCUGUCAGAUACAGAAUCCAGUCCUUAGAGAACAAAUUAGCUGCAUCCAAUGUCAAUAUUCAGAAUCAUGCAGCAGAAACCAAAUCUGAACCUAAAAUGAACCGACCAGAGAUGCCAGCAUACGGCCAUACAAUGGUCAACGGAGGAAUCCAAGAGCCUUCUGAAACCUUCUCAAUGGAGUUCCCUCUACCUCCUCCACCUGAAGAGGAACACCUAGCAGAGUCUAAAGCUGAAUAUCACCUGCUAAAUGUAGAUGAGGCUGUGGCCUGCAAUCCACCGUACGUGCAACCACCAGGGAGAACUUCAGAUAAUCACCUGCCAUCUGUUGAUCCCACACCCGCCCAGGAUUUACCGCACAGCCAGCACGUCAUGAAAAUGACUAAACUGCUGCAGCAUGAUGUUCCUAACACACUGGAGAGAGCUCCAUCCAUCAAAAGGGCUCCCUUGGUCAGCAACGUGUCCCUCGAGAGGCACAUGUCUGUCAGAAAGGCUUGCCUGGACAAGUUAUGUACCAGCGACAUCUCAUCUCUGGAGGCUUCAGAGACAUUUAGCAAACAGUCAGUCAUUGCAAAGAGCAGCUCUACUGUAUCUCCAAAUAGUUUAACUUCUGAGGAAAGGUUGUCGUCAGUCAGUAUUCCAUCAGGCGAGGUUCAAACAUCUCCAAAUAAUCUCCCAAGGGAGCAAUCCACAACUGAACCCCCCAAAAUCAUGGACAGUCCACCUCCAGAUAGAAAACUACAAUCGUUCCAUCAACACAGUAUGGAUAGAAAAAUAUCACCAAAAAUGGGCGUGCCAAAACAGGUGUCACCAAAUACCAGCCCCUCGCCACAGAACAGGCAGACGCUGGCCAAAUCCAAGCUAACCAAAAAGUCCACAUGUUCCCAGUCGAUGGACUUGGCGUCCCCUUCAGCUAGACGCAAGUCAAAGAGAAAGAUACUUUCCAGGAACUUCUCCUCAGAUAGUCCAACAGAGGCUGUGAGGACAAACACGCCAAUUGAUCAGGACAACACAUGUUCCACGUCUCCAGAUGCAAAACAGAUGGAUUCCAAUAAGGAGACAGACGAGAAAGUUAUCAUGGACAUGGAAUUCCAAGCACAGUCGUUAAACAUCAUCAACCGGUCUCACAGGAAAGACCUCCUGGACAAGGUCUGCUACUCCAUCAAGUCUAUCAGGCAAAUCACCCAAAACAAACGUUCAUCUUGCUUGGAAAAGUCCAACAGCUUGCCGGACUUCUCCUCGCAUGUGGCCUCCACCUUUGGCUCCUCUUCCAAAGUGCUUCUCGCCUUCUUAUCCAUCAUGACACUAAAAGACAGCAUCUCCCACCUCAGCGUGGACCAGCUGGGGGUCGACAACAUCAGCUGCGCCGAAGCUUUGAAGAUGAUCGACUCCCUACGGGAAAUCGCAAGCAUGGAAGAUUCCCAGCAGCUAAAGGAUAGUUUGUCUGAGCUACAAAAGUCAGCAACGAAGCAGCUACUGGAGAGCUGGAGGGGCUUCCAGGAGAUGGGGGACAAAUAUAAGAGUUCAACGCCGAGCGGUUCAGAGAGAGAUCUCGGACGUGAGACUGAAGAGCAGGCCAUUGAUGACUUCAUCGAUGGGCUGGACAUCCCUGAAAUACUUAAAGAAGAACUUACAUCUCUGUCAGCAAGCUCUCGUAGUGACAGUGACAGAAAUGAGAACAUGAUCCAUGAAAACAGUGAGGCUGAGGGCUGCAGGACUGAGGAAUACACUGAAGAAAACUGUGAGUUUGACCAUGAACAGCAGAAGAUCAACCUGGACCAUGACAUUUCUGAUACUGCUGCUGAACGAUGCUCAGAAGAGGAAGCAGAUCAUGAGGAUGAAACACUAGAUGAAACGCCAGUGAUAAGUCUCCAUGAAAGCCCCAUCCAUCUGAACGAGCCAGUGUCACCUGAGGUUGAACGCACAGGAAUGAAGGUUAUUGUCGAAGAAAGUCAAUCUGGUCCAGAGGAAGAGCAGGAGAGCCUGGAGGAGGAGGAACAUAUGGAAGAAGAGACUCAGGAGGACAUUUCAAUGGCUAAAAUACUAAGUGGCGACUCCCUUCCAGAUAGAGGUCAGCAACUGGAUCCAGACAUCAUGAGCUUGAUUGAUCGAGCUGAUGACAUGACGAAGCAAAGCAGCCUUGGAGAAGAUGACAGUGGGAACGACCACAGCAGCUGUAGAGUCGGUGCAGAGUCGGUGAUUGAACAUGAGCAAAUGAGGAGCUCCAUGGAGGAGGAACUAAGCUUCUACGAGAAAGAGUGUGGCUCGGGAGAGGAGCAUAAUGAGAUCAAAUGUGAUAAAGUGAACAUUCCACUAGAUCAGGUAGAAGAAAUAACAUCACAACCGGUGGCAGCGAGGGUCAGUAUUCUGGAAAAGCAGGUUGCUGAAAGACAAAAGAGUACGAGUUACCAUAAACAUACCAAAAAGGCCUCCCUGGUGCCAGAUGUUGAGGAGCUCUCCACUGAAACAUCUAAACACUGCAGCAGAUCCGCCCCUCAGUCAUCUCUGUCUUUUAGCUACGACUCGAGUGGAGUUGGAACCACAGAGCACGAGGGCAACAGAGUCAAGUCCAUCAGGGACAUGUUUCUGGCCAAGGGUUCUGCAGAUGUACCGAAACAAAAGCAGGCCUUGAACACAACACAGCCGUCCGAGUUUAGAGCAGAGAGUGGCGGCUAUCAGACUCAAACAUCCGGUGAACUGUCCAGCGGAGAAGAGGAUUCGUCAAGGAAGUCCAUCAGCAAAGGCUUUGUGAGGAGAACCAUUGAGAGGCUAUACGGGAAGAAGGAUGCAGUAGAAAGGCCUCCAUCCGCACCCACGACAAAAAAGCACUCCAGCAUUUUAUCUCCCUUGCGCACGGCCCGGUCCAAGGCGGCUUCUGAGUUGUCUUACUUCAAUUCCACGACUGCCCUGGACACCCUGACCGAGGCAACCCGAUGCAUCGCUUUUAACGCACAAGUGGGUCCUGGAGACAGCGUACCCAUCGACGCGGGUCGGUGGCUCAUCAGGGAGAACACUCUGAUCAGGAAGUCCGUUUCAGACCCGACUGGUAUUAACAAGAACUUAGUGGACUGCCAUGAAGACGAGGACGGGUGUGAAGACACGCAAGAGAACACGCCCUACUCCCUUUUCAGCACCACGUCCCAACUGGAAGACAGUAAAAGGUCCAAACGGUGCACCUAUUUUUCUUUGCCCCACACAAGCGACUCGGAGGUCUGCCUGGAUGACCCGAGCAAGAACGAGGCGAGUGGUGACCCGGAAGCAAAGGACAGCUCGGAGAGCGCCAAAGCGCCGUCAGAGAGGAACGGUUCAGCUUUUGGGGACUUUAAGAUGAUGGACAACAAGGUGCACCCGCUGGUGAACCUUCCGGCGGACGGUGAUGUGGUGGUGUUGCAGCCAGGGAAAGGUCAUGGAGUUGUGAAUAGACAUCUACAGGAGCCCGAUGUCUUGGAUAUUAUGUACAACUUUUGCGGUCAACACUGUCCCAUCUUGUGAACACGAUCUUUCCUGUCUUUGGUGCCUACAUGUUUCAAGUUGCCAUAACCUUGGCAUGAACUACUGACUUUUUUACGCUCAGAUCUUCUGUUGCCAGUUUAAAGCGCUUCCAAGACUCGUGCGAGUAUUUGUGUGUGUUUAUUUUUGCCGCCAGGUUGUUUGCCAGCCACCAGAACAUGCUACUGGGAGAAUUAAGCGUAAUCCUGUUUUCAAGCGCUUAAGAUCAGAUCAAGGCUCAGCAGAUGUCAGGCAAGGAGACCACAACCUGGUGGCUCCAAACAAUGACGCAGCUACGAUAAUUGGCCUCAAAAUGUUUGUUUUCCAACUUUGCAGUUCAACAAUCUCAUUGAUGUGCAAAUAUUAUUUUUAAUGGUAGAAGAGCAGUUUUAAUGUUUGAUAAUGUGGCAGCUGUGACGACAUUGUGUCUUUAAAUUGUUGUGAAGAAAAUAAACGUGUAUCAUUUCCA